AAAGCUCUGUAUGGAGAAUGCACUUUAAUUACUAGCUUCUGCAUGUAGCAUAUUAAGUUCCAUCCACAUUUAAUAACACAAAAAUGUGUUUGUGUGUUAGCAGUGAGUGUGCGUUGCAGUCUGUCUGUCUGGAGUCACCGGUGGGAGAGCUUCAGCUAAGUGGCUGUGAAAAAGGAAUACACACCAUUACCAUUAACAUAGAAACAGAGCACAGAAUAAUUUCUGACAAGACAGAGCUGAAGCCAGAGCUGCAGCGGUGUGUGCACUGGCUCCAGAGUUACUUCAGUUCUGCACAGUCAGUCAACUCUCUUCCCUUACCUGCCCUACACAACCCUCUAUUUCAGGGGGACUCCUUUACUGCUCAUGUGUUGCGAACUCUGCAAGAGAAAGUAAAAGUGGGCCAAACCAUCUCCUACAAGCAGCUCAGUGAGGUGGCAGGAAACCCGAAGGCCAUACGAGCAGUGGGCAGUGCUAUGAGGAGAAAUCCGAUUCCUCUGAUUGUGCCAUGUCAUCGCGUGCUGUGUAGCUCUGGUGAUAGUGGCAAAUAUAUGGGAGGGAGAGGAAACCAUGUUAAGCUGUGGCUGCUUUCUCAUGAGAAGCAGAAGGAUUAGACUCUGUUGUUUUCUUCUUUGUUGGUUACCAGAUUUAUAUUGUUUUACAGUUAGCCAUGAUAGUUUUAGUUUAUUAAAGCUAAUUUAGUGUUUAUGUGUUCAGCAAACUAACGCAAACCACUCUUUAUUUACUCUCUCGGUUCAACCAAGGGUGUUAUAUAGUUUGGAGUUUUUUACACUAUUGUUAGUACAUACAGGGGUUGGACAAAAUAACUGAAACACCUGGUUUUAGACCACAAUAAUUUAUUAGUAUGGUGUAGGGCCUCCUUUUGCGGCCAAUACAGCGUCAGUUCGUCUUGGAAAUGACAUAUACAAGUCCUGCACAGUGGU